AGAGGAGCGGUUGUUGCAGCUUUGGCCGAGGUCCGGGCCUGAACCUGGAAAAUGCUGCUGGCGACCCAGGAAAAGUCCACCUCAAAGAAGAAGAUGGGGCUGAAUCGCUGGAAACAGUUCACAAGGAAGCCGAAUCCCAAGCCUGCUUUUGACCCUGACAAUGUGGAGCACUGGCUUAAGAAAAUGGAGAAAGCCUCAGAAUUUGCAGUUUUGAAUGCAUUUUCAACCAGAAAUUCACACUUACCUGGAAGGCUCUGGGACCAAAUGAUAGGUUUGGAAGCAUCUGAGCAAACAGAGGAUCACAAUGAAGUUUACACAGAAGCUCAGGAGCUGGUCAAUGACUGGUUAGACACCAAACUUAAGCAAGAAUUAGUAAGUGAUGGAGAAGGUGAUGCUGAAAACACUGUCACAAAUAACACUGCUUUGCCAGAAACCAGUGGCCAUUUGAAAUAUGACAAGUUUGAUGAUUUAUGUGGUUAUUUGGAGGAAGAGGAGGAAAGUACCACUGUUCAAAAAUUUAUGGACCAUCUGCUCCAUAAAGAAGUGGUGGAUUCUGGGAUGUUGGAAGAUCUUGGAAUGAAGGAAAACCAAGACAAGAAGGAGCAGAAGGAUCCUCGUCUUACCAUGGAGAUGAGACAUAAGCAGGUAAAGGAAAAUCGCCUAAGACGUGAGAAAGCACUAGAAUACCAGAGAACUGAAAAGGCCCUGAAAAAAUCAGCCUUCUUGGAGGCUCAGUAUCUGGUGCAAGAAGAGAAGAGAAGGAAGGCUCUGGAGGCCAAGAAAGAGAAGGAGGACAUCCAAAGGGAGAUGGUGAAGCUGCGGAGGGAGAUUCUUGAGAGGCGACGCACUGUGGAGGAAACAUGGAAAGAAGAGAAGAAAAAGCAAGAUGAAAAUUCUCAAAAGAAUCCAGAGAAAGGCAUGUUUCCAAGCGCUCACGUUCUUUUGAAUGAAGAAAAAGUUGCAAAAGAAAAAAAAAGGAAACUUAAAGAGUUAUUAAUCCAAACUUUUAAGGAAAAUCACGAGUGUCAAAAACGGUAUUUCUCUGCCUGGCACAAGCUGAUUCUUGAUCAUAGGAUUAAGCUGGGGAAAGCUGGAACCUUGUCUGACUGGAAGCUCCAACUGAAGGUCCUGAGAGCCUGGAGAGACUACACAAGAUCCCAGAAGUUGGAGAGGGAGAAUCAAGCCUUGGAAAAUGAUCUUAGGGAAGAAAACAGAAAACAACAACUGGCCACUGAGUAUAACCGGAAACGAGUUCUUCAACACUGCUUUGCAGAAUGGCAUCAUUGGUAUGGUGCAGAGAUCCUAAAGAAAGAACUUGCUCGAGCAAAGGAGGAAACUAGGAAGAAAAUGGAUGAGCUGCUGAAGGCAGCAUCGCUAGGCAAACUCAGUACAAGUGGGUCAUCAGGCAUCUGUGUACCUGAGGAGGCAACAGCCAUGGUAGACUCACCAGUAAGAAAUAUAGAGGUGACUGCUGUGCCCCCUUUGUCUGAAAAGUCAUCCUUGGAGAGCAAUGGUUGUAUGCUCAAUCAUUCACCAGGAAGAACAACAAUGGGUAACUUGCAAGGUUCCCUUCAGAAUGACCCUCAGAACAUACCUGACAGUAAGCAGCCCAAGACCCUGAAUGUUGAGCUCUCUGAACAGCCAGGCAGUGAGAAUAAACUCAGAACCACCAGGCACAAAGCAGAACCAGUUUGUGUGUGGCAUUUCUGCAACCGCCAUGUCUUCCAGCAACAGCUGAUUGAGAAGCAGAAGAAGAAGCUUCAGGAACAGCAGAAAACCAUUCUUGAGUUGAAGGAAAAACAGCGGCUGGCAGAGGCUCAGUGGGCAGUUAAGCAUGCUGCUGUAGUCACGGAUGCCCAGAACCGCCUUCUAUUAAAACCCCAAGGGACAGAAGAACCAAAAGAAACCUGCCAGAUGCUUCCGAAGACUGAAGGCAGAAGUAACUCCCGAAAUUCUCUUUCUGGGCCCAAAAGGAACCCAAAGCAGCUAACGGCACCCCAUCCCAUACUGAAAGCCAUGGAAGAAAGAGCAAUGCAACGAGCUGAACGUAGGCAGAUCUUGGCAGAGAGGAAGAAAAAACUAGAAGAAGAGAAAUUGGCCCAGUUAAAGGCCCAAGAAGAGGAACGUCAGAAGAGAGAGGCAGAAGAAAAGGAGGCUCAACUUGAGAGAAAACGAGAAGAGAAAAGACUGAAGAAAAUGAAGGAAUUCGAGAAACAGAAGAGAAUUAAAAGGAACCAAGAGUUGGAAGCAGUAGCCAAAGAACAUUAUAAAAAGCUCUUGCUAAGAAACAAAGGUCUAGAACCUUGGAAGAGAUUGAGAAUGCAAAGCAAACAAAACACCCAGGUGGCCCAACAACAUCACUCUUUGGCUCUACAGAGGAAAUGCCUAUUGACCUGGUUCCAGUGUAGUCAGGAAAGUCUGGCUAGGAAGAUGGCCCAGGCUGAUCAAUUUUAUUCCCACAUAUUGCUUAGAAGAGUCUUUAAGGGCUGGCUUCAGUACGUGACUGAUCUGGAGGAACAAGUGAGAAAACUUUGUGUACAUUUCCUUCAGAAGAGGAUAUUCAGGGCCUGGUUUACGGUAGUCAAAGAGUCGAAGAUUGAUGCUCAGAGCAAGCAUGAGAUCUCCAUGGAGCAUAGUGACAGGAGGAUUCUCAGCCAAACAUUUCGGACAUGGAAGACAUCUGUAAAAUUUAUGAAAGAGGAAAGAUUAAAAGAACAAAGGCGAGAGCAGCUCCGCAGGAAGGUGGCUGAAAUUCUCCCAGACUUUCAGAUGCUGGCACCAUCAUGACUAUAACUUGUCCCUUCAGUCAGAUACUCAGCCCCUGAGUAAGAGAAGUCUUUUGUGUACCAGUAAAUACAGGUACAAUGGCCAGUUGGUCCAGAAUGUGUGUCUAUGUUGUCUCCACCCACCCACAUACAUACCUGUACCUGGUU